GCUGCUGCCAUCAGAGUAGUGUGUUCCUGGAAAGUGUGUGGAUCUUAAUUUAAUUUGGGGCUUUGUGUCGUUGUGGUGUUAUCAGUAUUCGUUAGAGUAGAUGAAUUGUUAGAAGAGAUGCAGGGUGGGACGAAUUAUUAACUGGACGUUUUAAAACGCUACGAUCUCUCCCGUCCGGCUGUUAUGGAGCAGCCACCAGGGAGCUUUGAUGAUCUGCAGCCUCAAGACCUCUCCACCUCCAGCAUCCCCACUGUUAUUGACCUCACCAGGAAAGGUGGGGAUUGUGUCCUCAACAGCACGUCCCUUGAUGCCCUGCAGAUGGUCAAGAGCCCUGGCUGGUACCCAAACUCAGGGAACCCCGAAUCAGCCUUCUCAGAGACCAGCUCCUCAGACACCGCGCUCCAAUCAGGGGAUCAAAUUCAACCAGACAUUGCCUUCUCCCACACUACAGUCACCCUCUCCUACGUGAGCAGGUCUCACGUUUUCCCCACUCACGAUUCCCUGUCUCAGCAUUCGCCUCUGUACGGCGUACCGCCUAUUAGUAAGUUGUCCCUCCACCCUCCUUGUGACUCAGAUAAAGGGCUACGGGAGACUGGCGGUGCACUGAACCAGCAUUACUUGGAGCAGGUUGAUGGGCCUGUGGACCUUGCCACUCAGACAGAACAUUUUCAGUCAUUGUCUCAGGCUCAGGUGGGACCAGAGAAUGAUGGGGCAGUAUGUCUAACACAGGAGAUCAAUGGUGGAGUCAUUUCCAGCGAUGAGGAUGUGGAUAAGUCUUUAACAGGUGAAGAGGAAAACAACCUUUCUCUGGAAAAGAGUGAAGAGAAUGGCCAGGGCGAUAGCUGUUCGACUUCAGGAGUGUGUGCCGAGUCCUCACCGGAGACACUCACCCCUGCCACAGGAGAGGAUGAAGAGAGGGGCAGCUCCAAGGUGCUCUUUGUCACGUCUAAGAAACAGGACCCAGCGGUCGUUGCAGACAGUGUUGGUGCUAGAAACCUGUGUUCACUAAGUAGGGAGUACAUCAGUCCUCUGGAGGACCCUGUCUCCCCCUCCGCUACCUCAUUGGACGAUGUGGAUGAUGUAUUCAUCCUGCCUCAAGCCUCCAGCUCACCCAGUGGCGACAACUCUUAUCUAGAUGAGGUUGUGUGGGAUGAUGUGAGUAAAGAGGGGGUCAAUCAGCCAGGCUCUGGCAUGAGCGAUACAAGGUUAGAUUCAAGCAAUGACAAUAAGCAGCUGAUCCAUCGGCGGAAAGCAGUGUUGGAGCCUUUGAUUGACUUGACAGAUGAUACUUGUAUGUCAGAUGUUUCAGAAAGCAAACCCAAGACUGUCAUUCCUCACAUCAACGGGAAUACAAAGGCACUACAGAGAACUUUAAAAGAAAAGAAACUGCCAGUGCGCUCCGGCAGAGGGACGCGGUUAGAGGCUAUUGUUAUGAACAUAAAUUCAAGCAGGUAUUCAGUGUCAGGAUGCAUACGCACCAAUAGAAAAGCAAACACUUCCCAAUCAACAGCUAAUGAUUCUAAGUUAGCCAGUCCUAAGAGGAAUGACACCAUAUCGGUAAGAAAAAGGAAAAGCAGAGCAAAAGCACCUUUCUCAGUAAAAACAAAGAAAAGGAAAACAGUAACUUCAAUGACAAGGGGUAAAUCUAUUAACAUUAAGACUGAGCGUUGCAAAGACAAUACCUCUGAUUCUAAAAUCAAUAAUUCUAGCAGGUCUAACGGCAGCACACCUCUAAAAAGCCCUCAGUCUGCUGUGCACAAGAAGUCAAAGACAGACCCAGAGGAUGUUUCAGACCCUGCACACUCACCACAGACACGCACUGUGAAGUCAAAGAGGAGAACCUCUUCACUCUCAAGUCCUCAGUUUGAUGUGCACAAAAACUCAAAGGAGCCAGAGCAUCUUCCUCACCCUGACCUCUCAGUCAAAAUUCAUAUGGCAAGACUUUCCCCAGCACCAUCCCCAUCAUCAAAAUCUCCAAAGAAAAUCAAAGGCAAAGCCAAAGGCAAGGCUACAGGUAGCAAAACAUCUCCCACUGCCAAGUCGAGGAGGCAAAAGAAACACAAGUGGAGCCAGUCUUCCUCCAUGUUCGCCCCCAAGGAGCCAGAGAUCAAGUUGAAGUACGUCAACUACAAGGAGGAGAAAAGGGACUUGAGGUUAGACAGUUUCUCACCGUUUAUCCGUGUGGAGCGUCAGCAGUCAUCGUCAUCGCUGUGUACCGUAGUCAAUUACCCGGAGGAGGUAAGGUCACAACACAAGAGGAGUCAGCAGCAGCAGGCUCACCCCUGUGGCUUCAUUUCUGCAGUCAUACCCAGCACAUCCUGUCUGCAGCUGGGCCGGGCGACCAUGCACGGCCAGCACCAGGCCGCUCUAGUCUGCUGCCUGUGUGGACAGGCGGCUAACGCCAUGGACUUGGGGGACCUUCAUGGCCCCUAUUACCCCGAAGGGUACCAGCCAAGCACCAAAAGACCUGCCAGCAUGUUGGGCCUCAAAGAGGACGAGGACGACUACAGCGACUCGGACUCUUCGUCCUGCAGUAUCAGAGGCAGAGGGAGGAAGUGUGCCAUUCCACCCACACCGCGGCCCCUCAGGCCAGGAACUCAGCUAAAGCAGAGGGGCCUCUCGGGGAGCCACCAGUGGACAGCUGACAAUGCUGGCAGUCCUGCAGCUAAGCUGGCUCGGUCAGACGCUGGCUCUGCUGAUGUGGAGGACUGGUACAGCCCCCCUGUGCUGCCUCUAGAGCCCUGUGAAUAUUGGCUUCACGAAGACUGCGGCAUCUGGUCUGCAGGUGUGUUCCUUGUGAAGGGCAGAGUCUACGGUCUGGAGGAGGCUGUCAAAGUGGCCCAGGAGACGAUGUGUUCAUCGUGCAGCGACACGGGCGCUACACUGGGCUGCUUCUUCAAAGGCUGUCCAAACAAGUACCACUACAGGUGUGCUCUCAUGUCAGACUGUGUACUCAUUGAAGAAAACUUUUCCAUGAAGUGUAAAAAGCACAAGAACAAGACAUUCAUAGCCCCUCUAGGAAACCGACGCGAUGGCAGGUGACAAAGGAAAUCUCAUGAGACAUUCAGCUGCAGCAUCCUGCAGAGGCUUUCCUUCCCCUUCUGCUGGUCACCAUGGUAACUGUGGACCAGGGUUCUCUUGACUGACAGCUAGCACCUGUAAACCUUAACUUCACCCUCUGCUUUUCAACUGCACUGUUAACCCCGAGCACUGUGGCUGCUGGAGGCACCCAGUCACCCAAAACCUCCCUCAGUCCAGUCUUACGGUACUUAAACAGACGCCAAUAACACCUGCAGACUGCCGAAACCUCCUCUCAACUUCACAUAAAGUUUAAAUGCUGAAUUUGUUGUUUGUGGUAUAAGUGUGUAGUUAUUUAUAUGGAAUUUUUGUUCCUGGAUGAAAUAUGAAUAACAAUCAAAGGUAUUUAAUUUUUUUAAAAAGAUUUUUUUUUAAGUAUUUGAUUAUAUUUGGUUUAUUUAUUCUUGGAGUUUUCUUAUUGGCUUCUUUAGCGGUUGUCCAAGAGGUUUGAUUUUGUGUUUUUAAGUUAUUGGUAAAGUAGUUUAAAUGCUGAAAUAUCAAGCCAGUCAAGGACAUGCUGGUUUUAUUACAAGGUAGGACAGAGAAGGGACUUGUCAGCGACAGAACAAGGUACCUGAUAUAACUGUCAACACAACAGGGCUCCUUAUUCAGCAGAACCCCUUUUGGAUCAGAGCACAUGGCAUUACAUUUUGUUUCGCUAAGAGUGGUUCAAAAGGCUAAACUCAAAUGCACCCAAAUGACACUUAUGCUACAUGUUGUGUCUAAUUGAUGUUAUCCAGGGGACUAAACAGUGUGUUUGAAUGUAUUCUUCCCCCAUGUGAGAGACUUUUGCAAGAAGGUCUUGUGACACUCAACAUUUCUGGUCCUCUGCCUCCCUGCCUGUCGUAUCAUUUACUUCAGGCUCAAAUAUGAAGCUCUUUGAGCUUCACAGGUCAUCCAAUCAGGUUGACACCUUGUAAUUUCAUUUGGCCCCCCGCCUUAGGCUGGGAGAAUUUAAAUGUGCCUGUGUUGUUUGUGUGUACGACCCUUAAAUCAAUACCUUAAAGGGAAACUCCAGCAUAUUUCAACUUUGACUCUUUUUGUUAUGUCAUUGCGUGUACAUGACUGAUGUGACCAACAAUUUUUGAAAUCGGUCCAGUGUUGAGAGAGCAGGCUGCAGCCGUGUAACGCCUGCAGUGUAAGCAUAAGAGACAGUAGUGCAACAUCGGUGUACAUCCAUUUAAAGUGGUUAUUUAAGAAGUCCUUUUCUGUAGUCUCAGAAAUCUGUUUUGCUACAGGAAGACAACGCAGGACGUGAGAGCGAAAGUGAAAAGUGUGCUAUGUUGCAGUGAAGAGAGCAUAGCUUUGAGCUGUUUAAAAGUUUUUAGAUGUCAUGGAUAAUGUUUUUAGCUGAUGUCUUUGAAUUUGUCUCAUGAGAUUUCAAAAUGAGAAUUCUCCUUGAGUGAGACUUAGUCACUGUAGCUAACAGAUUGGAUCAAGUGAAAGAUAAGACACUUUAGACACGUAAUUUUAGUCAUAACAAUACGAGCCUGUCUGUUGCAGAAAUAACCACAUAUAAUGGAUGUACAGGUUUAAAAAUGCUGAAGUUACCCUUUAAUGGGAUUUCAAUAGGGUUUGUUGAGAGCCCUGUAAGGGGAUAAUAAAUUAAAGGCGGCUUAGGAAAGCGAUUCCUUUCAAUUCAAGUCACCUGCUGUUUAUUUGGAUUCCUCCCCAGAACUGCAAAAAACAAUUUCUGUUCAGUUUCAUUUUCUGAAUUUCGCAGCACAGUAUUCACAUUGCUUUGAUUGUACCUCAACAAACCCUCUUUUGGAAUUAAAGGACCACCCCGCUUCACCUGUGUCACUUAAGUUUAAGAGGGUUGUUUGUUUGCAGAUUUCUACGCUAACAUUAAGAAUCCUAAUUUAAAUAGGAACGGCCAUGUAUAUAAAGUAAUAUAAAGAUUCAUGAUAAUCUAUUUUCCUUUCUUGACUUGGGCCUAAAUGGUGAAUUUCCACCUGAACCUUUCUAAAAAAAAAAAUCAAAAAAACAAAGGGCCUUAUCUGACAGACAAGAGGUAUAUACAGUUUCUCCUAUUCUGACUAGCUUGUGGUGCAAUGACAAAUCAGUGGAUGUACAUCACCUUUCUUUGGACUUCUUGAUGACUGAGGCAGCUUGCAUGCACUUUCUUCUGCAGACUUUACUAUUCCUGAUGCACCCUUCGACACACUCUUUAGGACUUGUGUAAACCAUGUACUGAGUAUCAUUAGUACUUGGUGACAUCGGUGCUGAGGUCAGGGCUUUGGCCUGUCAGCCUGCGUGUCUGUUUUAAAGACAUUACACCAACAUCUAUCAGGACUGGUGUAACAUCUCCACUUCUGCUCUAUUUUGUAUAGCGCCAUUAGGGGCAGCGUUGUGCUCUCUGAUGUCCAUUAAGCCAUGGCUCCUUGUUAACGGAUAUCCAUACAGAGGAAUCCAAAAGCUAUGUCUGCUUCUCACCAGCAGCAAAAGACACAAGCCACACACACAUCCUGGAGUCUAUUUAAUCUGUGCCAUCCUUAUGUUUUGUGCAUUUUGUAUUUCUUUGCGGUGACGUUUGUACUGCUAUUAUUCUCAAUAACAGUCAGCUGUGUGCAUUGUACCAAAUACAGAUUUUGGAGAAUGUUUGGAUUGACCCCCCCCCCCCCCUCCACCCCCCUUCCUCCAUGUAAUUGUCUGUGUGUUAAUCUCAGGGCUGAAUCUCAGAUAUUCUAAUAAUUUAAAUUUGAUUUUGUGUUUUUUCUUUUCUGAGUGCUGGGCUUGUUGUGUUAACCCUACGUUGACUAGAUCAAUGACACAUGUCGCAGGAUGUGUUUUUUUUCUCAGAUGCAAAGCCGUCUGUCCUGGUACACACUACUCAUCACAUUCCAUGCCACUUUUUUUUCAUGGUCCUUAUUUUAUGGCGACUUUUUUGAACUGUCUCGCUCACCUCUUGGGGAAUCAGAGGUCAUGUAAUUGUCAAUGAAUAUUUUGUUCAA